UUGAGGGGAAGUGCUGCAAGGAAGAGACUGAUGAGUGCCAUGAGGGAGUGUGAGGCAGCUUGGGGGGGAAAGUGAGAGGGAACUGAGUAAUAAUAAUAGUAGAGGAAAUAGAUGUAGUUCUGCAAAUGAGUGAGUGACAGGAAAAGUAACAUUACUGAAUGAGACAAUGAAUUAAGCAAUGAUAGAUUUGGGUUAGGAAAAGUUUUUUGAAUUAGGAAGAAUGUUUAAUGCUCUUUUUUCUUUCUUUCCCUGGUGGUGGUGGUGGUGGUGGUGGUGGUGGAGACAGGUCCCAGCACUUGGAGGAGGGAAACAUGAGGUGGUUGUGAGGGAUGCAGUGUAUGGAGACUCCAACAACUUGUCCAUCUCCCUCAUCUUCUCUCUCACCACACUCACUCCCUCCUCAGGUUCUACAUGAAGGAGAACGAGGUGAGGACCAUCGCAUCAGUCUCUGAGGAUGGCCUGGAGGUCACACUGACAGAGGCACUGGAGCACACCCACCUCUCCGUCACCCAGACUCUGGGGGGACACACAGUGGAGACACAUGCAGAGGUGGGACUCCUCACCCACAAUGUCAAGAUCCAGGGAAAUGUUGGCACCGACUUCAGUGUGGCUAUUGAGGGCUGUGACACUUCUUUUAGGCCUGACCAGCACGCCACCCAGUCAUGUUUCAAUGGUCAACAUGGAGACGAGAUUGGCGGUGACCAAUUUGGCGCCACCGUGAUACUGUCUGGAAAGUUCCCUGACCUGGACUUGGUGAUGGGAUGCAUUGAGUACGUGGAGGUGACCAAGGCUGGUCAGGCAUUCCAACUUGGGCGGUACCCACUCCACUUCCACCUGGCUGGGGACAUGGGUGGUUCGUACAUCCGCAGGUGCUCCAUCCACCACACCUACAACCGCGCAGUGACAAUGCACGCAAGAAACAACCUGCUGGUGGAGCAUAAUGUGGUGUACAACAACAUGGGUCACGCUAUCUUCACAGAGGAUGGGGUGGAGCAGAAUAGUGUGGUGCAGUACAACCUUGCAGUCUACACCAGGACCUCCUCUUCCCUUCUUAAUGUGGAUGUGACACGCUCCUCAUUCUGGGUGGUGAACCCAAACAACAUUUUCCGUCACAAUGCAGCUGCCAGUGGAACACACUUUGGUUACUGGUACAGGCUGGACCACCACCCCUCGGGCCCAUCCACCACUAACAUCUACUGCCAGAACACUGAACAGAUGGGACUCUUCUUCAAUAACACUGCACAUUCCAUGGGAAGGUAUGGUCUGUGGGUGUUCUCCAAUCCAGGAUAUCACCCAAAGUCAGACAUCUGUGGAGGCAGGGACGUGGUAAGUCUGUGUCACGCAUCACUAAAUACGUAUCCAUUCAUGUGUAUAUGAUCUGUGUGUGUGUAUAAUGAUGGGCAAUACUGCUACACUCUGUCAUUAGGUGUGUCUUAGUAAUUCAGGACACAGGAACAUGAUAACACUGUAACUGACCAAAGCUCUCACUCACUGAUCAGUCAGCAAAUUCCCAUCUUGUCUUGAAAUGUGCAGCAGAUUGAUGUAUUUCCGUCAAAACCCAUACAAUUCAAAUUAUGGUUCUGGUAGAAAUACAGAAGUUUGCUAACAUUUCAAAGUCAUAUAGAAAUUCAUAGACCAGUCAGUGAUUUAGUACAUGAGUCAGUGGCAGUGCUACCAUGCUCCUGUACCCUAAUUACCUUGCCUAAUUACUGAUACACUUGAUGAAACAGAGCUUACUAUUAUAAACUAUGCUCCUGUAGCCUCACCUGCCUAAUUACUGAUACACUUGAUGAAACAGAGCUUACUAUUACAAAAUAUUACGAUCCCACACAGGAUGGUCCAGGCAAAGCAACACACACACACACACACACACACACACACACACACACACACACACACACACACACACACACACACACACACACACACACACACACACACUCACUCACACACGUAGCCCCAUCAACCCCUCACUGGAAAGGAACAGUCUUGUGGCUUAGUGAACUGUUACCAAGAAAUAAAAAUCCCAGUAGUAAGGACAAUAAAAAAAAUAAAUAAAUAAAUAAAUAAAAAUCUUCCACUUUUGGAUGAGCCUUUUGACCAUUCUUUUGAGCCUGCACCUCAGUGGCCUUUUUUCACCUGUUGCCCUU